GCAAACAUCAGCGAACUUCAGCUGGCUUCGAUCUGAUGCAAAGUUCUGAAGAUGUUGUACAACUUUCUAUUCUUCUACGGCUCUAACAAGGGAUGAUGAUCACUUUUGCAAUGCAUUCUUCAUACGAACGUUCCACAUUCUGGUGACAAUGAAUCGCAUUUUCCAUGCUUAGGUGUAAUGAUCACGAAUUAAAAGAGAAAGUUCCAAGGAAUCAAAAUGGCUUCCAAUGAUUCGGAAGAAUCGGAACAACUGGUUGAAAAUGAGAUCGUGGAAACAUGGAAAAGGUCGGAUUAGUUCUCAAGAAACUUCUAAACUUGAAUUAUUUGCAAGCAUUUUAAUAUGAAACCAGUUAAUUUUUAUUUCUAGAAGUAAACCGGAUUCAAUCGAUAAAUAAUUGAUAGCAAUCGGUAUAUUUUAAUCGAUGCCAAUUACUCGAUUUAUUGGAAAAUUUUGUUAGUUGUUUUGCUGUUGGAUCGGUUCUUAACAAAGCAACAACUCUUAAAGUGAUCUCACAGUCACCCACGGUAUGUGAUAUCAAUGACAAGUGAUAGCAUAGAUUGGGUCUUUCUGCAGGUACCCUCAUCCCAAAAGAAACAAUGGAACCAAACAAUAUUAGUUGUUAUAUUAGAUUAAUUGGAAAAUUUGGUAGUUGUUUUGCUGUUGGAUGGGUUCUUAACAUAGAAAAACUCUUAUAGUGAUCUCAUUGUCACCUGCAGUAUGCGAUAUCGAUGACAACUAAUGGCAAUUGAUUGGGUCUUUCUGCAUUUACCGUCAUCACAAAAGAAACUCAAAGGAACCAAACAAUAGAGUUCUUCUGGAGGCUUCAUUGUUUGGUUGUAUUGUUUCUUUUGUUGUUUCUAAUCGGUGCCUAGUUGCCUAUAGAAGGAAAAAUUAAUUUAUUUGUGACUUGAUCAUCAAUACCUAUAGCAAUCCAAAUCUGUUAACUAAGGCCCGGUUCAGAUGCUGAUCAACCUUUCAUGAGCUGAACCUAAUUCGAAUUAAGCCCGAACCAAACUAUUUAGACCACCUGAAUUGAUUCAGAUGCUGAUCUUUAUUCCAGCUGAACUAAAUUCAAAAGGAGAAAAAUGCUCAUUAUGUUCAAACUGCUUGCAAAAUACAUUAUCAUAAUUUAUGCAUUAGAUUAGGUACAUGAAAAGUUCACCUUCUGAAUCGAAGCCAUUCCAAAGUCGAUCCAUAGUCGAAGUUCCCUGCUGGGCUAGGCAGGAAGAACGGCUGAACCAUUCCAAGUUGAAAUAGGCAUUCCUAUUUGAUUCAGACACCUAACUUUUCAUGAACCUAAUUUAAUGUACUGUAUUAGGUUUGGCUCACGAAAAGUUCGGCAUCUAUUCAUUGAUUGAAUCCCAAUCAAUGAUUUUCAUCAAUUGACCAGGCUGGGUGCAUAUUAUUCAGAAUUAUCAGCCCCACCUUAUUUUUAGGGGAAACUGAAGCCUGCAGAGCCAAGAAAAAAAACGAUAUUUUCGAGGCUGGCCUCCCUUUUGUCUUAGGGUUUUCAUGGGGUGGAUGAGCGGGCUCCUCCUACUUGAAAAACUGAAUCCACCACUCCAUUUUUUAGGGAACAAAUUGAACUAAAGAAGAAGCUUGUGACAGAUGACUGCAUUAACUGGGGAGUUUCAAGUGAUGAGCCUUUCAGUGAAUUGAAUCUGAUUGCUGGAGUGGAUAUUUCUUUUCCUAAGGGAGAUGCUGAUCAUGCUUGUGCGUGCUUAAUUGUGCUUAGUUUUCCUGACUUAAAGGUACAGUAGUGUAUCCUAGAAGUUCUUUCAUUACCUGAUUCUCAAUGAAUUUUUACAAAUUUUUAAACCUGCCCAAGUAAAAGAGAGUCAAGUUUUUGGCUGGAAAAUAUAGUGCAGUUCAGGCAGAGUUGGAUACCCUAGAUUACCUAGGAGCUGAUCCUACAAUGACAUGAGUGGCACUGUUCCCAUAUCCCAGUGAGAUGCUCGGCAAGAUCCCAUGCUGAAAGAAUCUUGCCUAUUCCCCCGUGCAGUGAUAAAAUAAUUUUAUCAAUUAUUGGUUUUGAAAUCUUACCAACUAUGAAUAUCCUUACCAAUUUAUUAUAGUUGUUGUUGGUGUUGUUCUUGGUAUUAAGUCAUAAUAAUUAGUUAGUGAAAUUGGUCCAUUUUCCAUCUUACUUUGGGAUGACCCUUUCAAUGUAGAAUCUACCCUUUUCUAGUAACUUAGUCAUAUUCUUGUCCCUAUUGCUUCUGUUGUACUACAUUUUGAAUUUAAACCUGGGGCCAAAGUAAUAACCCUUAAACUAGUGGAGUAUUGUGCAAAGCAAUUAUGUAGAUUUUAAUGAUAUUGUUUUUCAGGCUAACGCCAUAAAUUUUGCAGUAUGUAGUUCAGUAAAAUUGUGUACUUCAUUGCAGAGGAUCUUGCUGAUAAAGAUGUUUAAAUAUUCUUUAAUAAUUCAGGUUGUAUAUGAGGAUCUAACCAUGGUGCACCUUUCAUCACCUUAUGUUCCAGAAUAUCUGGCUUUCAGAGAAGUUGAAUUCCUUGUUAAUUGUGUCUCCAGACUGCUGAAGAGUAAACCAGAACUGGUUCCUCAGGUCAUUUUAGUUGAUGGAAAUGGAAUGUUACAUCCAAGAGGUUUGAUUAUUAUUUCUUGAAAAAGUGGUGUUGAAACUUCCAAUUAUGCCAAGUGAAGGUGUGCUUAUCCCAAGUCUGUUCAAGAGAAUUAAUAAAUCUAUGACUUUAACUACAUCACCUGUAUCAUAACCAUAGUUAACGAGGCCUUGUAAGGGUAAAAUUCUGACAAGUGAUAUGGCCUUGAAAAAGUGAUAUAAGACUAGACGAAAAGGCAACAAACAACAUAAAGAUGGGUUAAAUACUGACAGGGGCAUGGCUUACUCGUCAAAACUUAUUGGAAAUUCAGACUAUUGGUAUAUCCCCCCCCACCCCCGUAAAGUCAAGAGGGCCUCGUUAAUAGGACAACCUUAUCGAAUUCUCUCUUGAGGACUUGAGAGGGCUUAAAAAACCAAUCCUUGUUGGACAACAUGUUCUGUUAUACUGCAAAUUAGGAAGUCCCUUGACAGAGUGAGCUUGUGUCAAGGAGUUCAUCCCAGUACUUUCAAUAACGACAGACUGACAGUAACUGUGACUCAGGCUUAUUGAAUAAGCCAGUCAUUUAAGGCCAGUCAUUUAAGGCCCAUCUUUGUUUGUGGAACUUCAUAAUACUCUGUUACAUUUUGUUUAGAAGAUUAAUAUUGUAAUGACCACUUUCCUGGUCACAGCCACCCAAUCCACCACUAGUAGCCAGUUAUUGAAAAGUUAUAAUUGAAACCGCUGCAGUUUUCGAGUAUAUUAUAUUGAAAGGCCUGUUUCAACUCCAUAGUUUUCCAACUAGCGCAUUGUUGGUAGUAUGAUUUACUUGUUUAUGUUGGUUAUGACUAGGGUUUGGAAUUGCUUGUCACCUGGGGGUACUGACAGGCAUCCCUACAGUAGGUGUGGCCAAGACUCUUUUCCAUGUUGAUGGGAUUCAGCGAGACUCCCAACAUGCUGACCAGGUCAGGACUAGUGAAUGUGUUACAGGACAAAAUUAAAUUUAGGUUUAUAAAGAUUUGGUUUAAAAAAGUCAUUGGUUUAUUAAACAAUUUUCUCUGGGGUGACCAGUUAAUGCUGAAAUUUGUUUUUUCUCAUGUUGUCAAUAAAUUAUUGGAAGUAAUCAUUGGUUUGCUUCCUUUAUCAACAGAUCAAAAACCUUCUCAAAACUAGCGGAGAUAGCUUUCCUCUUCAAGGCUCUUCUGGUACAAUAUGGGGCAAGGUAAAUUUCUUUAGCUUCAUUUUGCAAUAAAUUAUAUGGAAGAAGUGUGGAAAAUAAGGCCAUGCAUAAGUUAUUGAUUUUUCUUUUAGAAAACCACAAGGUUAACUGUGGGAUAAUUCAGCAUAUUUUGAUUUCAUUUUAGGCUCUAAGGAGUACUCACAGAUCAUGUAACCCUAUCUAUGUGUCGGUUGGGCAUAAGAUAGGCCUGGAAACAGCUGUUAGACUGACACAUGCCUGCUGUCAAUACAGAAUUCCAGAACCAAUCAGACAAGUAAGAAUUGUGUAAUUGAAAAUACUGGAACUAACUGUCAUACAUUUUACUUAUGUAAGAAAGAAGCAAUGUUUGUGGAAGUGGGAAAAUGAUUUUCUGGCCAGAUCGUCAGCUUCAGGACACUGUAUCAGAGAUAAAGGGGGUGGGUGGGGGGGAAUAUGUCAGUUUAUUAGCUGGCAAAAAGUGAGGAAAAUAAUAAUUUAUUAGUAGUAUGUGAAGGCAAAAAUUUAUUCCCUUCAUUUCUGUAUUACGCAAAUAUAUUGCUGCACAAACUUGCUAAGGGAUAUGUAGAAUACACCAAGUAUCCUUAAUUGCUGUUAAGGAUAGGAAAAUUUUGUCUACCACAAUCAUUUUUUGUCUUUCAGGCAGAUAUCAGGUCACGAGAGUACCUCAGACAGCAUUACAUGGAAGAAUUAAAAAGCUGUUCAUGUAAAAAACACACUACUAUUAACAGUGAAAUCUCAACAGUGGAAAAAGAUCAGCAGGGAAAUGGUGAAAGUCAUCUAGAAGAGCUGCAGCAAUCAUUUGAUGAUAUAAGCCUUGAAUAAAAAACUAUUUUUUUAUAAAUACAUUAAUACUGGAAAUAUGCUGGCAUUUUCAGUACAUGUUAAGAU